ACGUAUUUCCGACAUCAUGAAUAACUGUUAAGCACAACGCUUAGUUAUUCAGCAUUGCAACUCCACAACAGUCGAGUGCACAGAUCGCGCUGUUGAGCAAUUUACAUUAAACUCUUGAAGAGAAUAAGAUCUGGAAUUGAAAUUUCAAACUAAGAGAAGACAGUGGUAUACGAAUAAAAGAGCUUUCCAUCGGUGAAAUGUCUUCGGAAGUUCCCUUUAAAAGUGGUUUUAAAACCAACGAGCUGUGGCAAGCAGUUGUUAAAGGUGAUGUAAGAAAGACUGACAAAUUGAUCAAAACUGGUGCUGAUAUAACGUUCAAAAAAGAAAACAAAUCGCUGUUGGUCGUGGCUCGCGAACUCGAAAUGUCUAAUCAGUCAAGUGGGGAUAUUGGAAAAUUUUACAGCUACAAACAGAUAAGAUCUCUUGUUGAGUUGAGCUUAAAUACAUCGGUUUUAACAGAAGUAACAAAAGGGGACGUAAAUCGUGUUCGUGCUUUGGCAGGCGCGGACGCAAAUCUUUAUCAAGAUGGAAAACUUUUGUUUGGUGCCGCGUCUUCAUCUAGUGAUAAUGCAGAGAUUGUCACUAUUCUUCUCUGCAACAAUCAAAUGAACGAGCAGUAUGUUGAAGCAAUUCAACAGGAUGGCAAAACUUACAUUGGAAGCUUGAUUGCUGAAGCCCAACGGCACAAUAACACCGAAUGUAUAAAAGCUUUCAAGAAACACAUUAGCUAUGUGCUUGUCAGGGAAUCGGAAGCUGGAAACCUGCCUAGGGUUCAACAUUUGUUAAAACUUGGUCAGGACUUUGUUGACUUAAGUUUUAAGCGAUCUGAUGGUCAAACUGCACUAAUGGUGGCUGUCGAUAAGAAACGUUUUGAUGUUGUGAGUAUUUUGAUAAGUAAUGGUGCUGAUAUCUCGCAAGUAAACUCCCAAGGUCAAACUGCUCGGGAUUUAUGUAAGAGAGACGUACGAUUAACAGCCAUGCUCGAUAAAGUCGGGUUGGUAAAGGACCUACGAUCUGCCAUAAGAAGCAACGGCGCAAAGUUAAAUCCAAAUGACAUUGGUAGCUACUUAGAUAAAGGCGUUCAGGUUAACAGUAGGGAUGCUGAUGGUAACAGCAUUCUGUUACUUGCCGUUCAAUAUAAAUGCUCUACUGACGUUUUGACUGACCUUAUCAAGACGUAUCAUGCCGAUCCUAAUAUUCUUAAUAAGCGCGGACUUGGUCCGGUUGAAAUGGGCCUUGUUUAUGGUGAUGCGGAUACUUUAAAAUGUUUGUUUGAAGCUGGAGUCAACAUUAAACGUGGGAAAAAUAUGCUGCUAGAGUAUGCUAAAGCAAAUGGUUUUCCGGGUGCAGUGGAACUUAUCAAUGAAGAGUUUGGAAAACUCUUGUGGAAAGCUGUUGAUGACGAAAACUUUGAAGAAAUCAAGGAAAUGUUGCAGAAUUGUGGUGUAUCUGUUGAUGAAAAAUGCAAACUUGAAGGAUAUGAAGGCUGGACUGCCCUAUUUCUUGCUGCCCACAAAAACAACAUCAAGGUGCUAAAAUUACUUUGUGAUUCACAAGCUGAUGUUGAUGCGAGGAGCGUAGAUGAACAGACAGCCAUUUUCGUGGCUGUACAGACAGGUCGAACUGAAGCUCUUCAGUAUCUUAUUUCAGAAAGUGCAUCGGUGAAUAUAAUUGACACAAAUGGCAAUACCCCUUUGUCGUUUGCCAUUAAAAAUAAUAAUGAGCCCCAAGUGCGAAUUCUUCUCCACCACGGUGCUGAUCCUUAUCAUAAGCAAGGUGGUAUUCCUAUUGCACAAUUUGGUCAUGAAUGUCCUAACAAAAACAUAGCGUACCUUUUCGAGCAACUUGACUUUUUUGCUGCCAUUCCGGAUUGGGAAGAAGAUAAGAAAGACAAGAAAGCUGGUCCCAAUUUCAACUUUUUUCGCCCUCCUAUUUCCUUCGAUCUCAGUCCUCCAGCAAAAUUGCAAAUGGUGAUGCAAGGCAACCCGAAGGUGAAUAAAAAGUUGCUUGAAAGUGCAAAAGAAGGAAGACCUGUUCCGCUGAAAGAGGCAAUCGCAGAGGGAGCUGACAUUCGUUGUUUUGACAAUAAAAUGAAAAGACCUCUUGAUCUUGCAAAAGAAAAGCUUCUAAAGCUAGAAAACGAACAAUUAAGCAGUAUUGAAAUAAAGCGACAACAACAGCAAAAUUUUCGAUUUUAUUAUCGAGACAUUGUUCAGUUUUUGACGCAGAAACUUCAUGAGCAGUUAUGGAAUGCUGUGCAAUCUGAGACUCUAGAACGAGUGCAAACUUUACAUGAGUGUGGUGCACCCUUGGACUGGCGCGCUCCUGAACGACCUUUGGGUUUACCUGGACUUCUUGCAUGCACCCAAGAUAAACCAGAGAUUUUGGCUUACCUUCUUCACAAUUGUGCAGAAAAUGUACCAUUACUGAGAACUGUGGAUAUGAAUGGUAGAAGUUUGCUUUCAAUGGCAGAGAAAAACGGUUUUAAAAAGUUAAGCUCCUGGAUUCGAGGAAGAAUGACUUACAGCCUGCAGCAAGCUAUGACUAGCAAAGACGUUGCUGCUGCUAAACACAUCUUAAAUCUGGGAAGUGGUCCAGAGUUAAAACGUUCAGAUGGUAACUCUAACUUAUGUCAAGCAGUGGAAAUGGGCGAUUUGGAAUUAGUUAAACUGCUUGUUGAUGCUGGCGCUGACUGCUCUGUUAAACAUCAAGGACAUACUAUGAUUGAUAUUGCACGAAUAAAGGGAAAUGUUCAAAUAACAAGGUUUAUCACGCAGUCUUUGACGACUGCUAAAUUAUUUGAUGCUGCCAAUAGUGGAAACAUUGAAUCUAUACGGAAAUUACAUUUACAAGGAGGAAAGGUGGAUUGUCAUUCUUACAUGGGGAUAACACCUUUAAAAGCUGCAUUUGUUUCAGGCGACACCAAGUCAAUACAUUACUUGAUAUCUCGUGGUGCGUCGCUUGUGAGAUCAGAUAAGUCCGUCAAUCCAAUUGGCAAACUGGAAAGUUUGAAUGACAAUGAACCUUUGAAGAAUUAUAUACAACGCUCAGUGGACGAACAGUUUCUUGCCACAGUCAUCGAAGGUGAUUCGACCAAACUAGAUUUACUACUGCAACUUGGUGCUAAUAUUGCUUACUGUAACCCAAACUCAAAGGAGACAGCCAUUUCCUUAUGCAUUAACUAUCACAGUGUUGACAUGCUUAAGUUCUUGGAAAAUCGAGGCAGUGUUCUUACAAGUCCAGCAGAUGCAAAAGGAAACUAUGCACUGGGAAUAGCAGCAGCGAGAGGCAAUACAGCAGUUGUUGAGUAUUUACUUCAAGAAAUUAACAUUAACAAGACACUAACAAAUGAGGACGGAAAAACACCUCUUCAAAUUGCUGAAGCAUCAGAUCAUCAAGAGGUUGUCAGAUUGUUAGGGGGUGAGGUGAAAGACGAAAAGGGUAAAAAAGUUUAUAAUCCACCAAAAUACAAGCUGCAAGAAUUGAUUCAAGCUGUGAAAAACUGCAACAUGACAAUUAUUAAAGAGUUCAUUGAAGAAAUAUAUUCAAGAAGAGACGAAAAAGUUUAUCAUUGCGUUGAAAUGUGGAAAGAAAGCCAAAAAGAAAACCAAAAGGAAGUUGAAAAAAAACUGGCUCACCAUUAUCAAGAGUUGAUUGAAGAUACAUCGGAACAUAAGUUGACAGGUUCAGCGGAGUCUCAGGUGAUUUUAACUGGAUUUCUACGUAGCCUAAGUGCUCAAAUCACUGGCUGUGCAUUGGAUCCCAACGAUCCGCGAAGCUAUGACAUGUUUUUUCAAAAUAUGAACGAAAAGGCUGAGGAAGCUCGGAAAAAGAUUCUAGUUGAUGACUUGAAUCAACUAAAAGAAAAUUUUAAGGAAGAACUGGUUCAAGUGCAAGAAGCGUUGUCAGGUUUAAAACAGCAGAAAGAGCAGAUGCAUGUCAGAGAUCGUGAAUAUUUUGAAAGAAUUGCGCAAAUGAAAGUUCAACUAUCUGAAGAACAGUCAGCCAGAGAACGUGAUCGUAUCCGUAAAGAAAUGAUGUCUUUACAAGAUGACAUGAAGACGUUGCACGCUCAACAAGAAAUCUUAGAAGCUCAACAGAAAAGGCAAAAUAUGCAUUAUGAAGCAUCUAAGAGAUUUGAAGCUACGCAUAUCAAUCUCUUGCUGUUUUACCGAACUGUGUCUCUUGGUGUAGAAGAAAUUUUUGUUGGUGCCAAGGCAGUUGCAAGUUCGAUGGUAGUUUCGUCUGGUGGAAGUCUAUCGACAAAGGCGUCAGUUGUCGAAGGAGUCGCAACCGGCAUUUUAAGCGUAUUCUCUUUUGAUCCAAUCGUUGGGGGUCUUACAAAGUCUCUCGUGAAAGUGGCGACCAAAGUUAUGAAAGAUGUAGACAAGUACAGGCAGAAGGAAAUUGCUCAGUACAUAUCAUGUUUAGCAACUAUUGGUGAGCAGACUGACAUUUGCACUGACGUGGCUUACAGAUUAACCUUGUGGUAUAGCGACCAAAUAAAGUGUCUGGCUUCUCCAAUCAUGGAAUCACAAAAAGAUUUUUCUUUGACUAACGCUAGAUCCGAUUCAACGAAGAACUCUGAAAAUCUUUCUGCUCCAGCUCGAAGAAUGGCUCAAAUUGCAGUUGGCAUUAUUUAUACUUCGCUCACCGAAAAGGUUUUAGAAAACGCGGAAAGUAAAGUAUCUCAGUUUUCUACUCUUGGUGAAAAGUUAGCAUGGUGUGUGGUUACGCAGAAACCGAAGAAUGGUACAAUUUCUAAGCUGCAAAAACGUGCCACGGAGUUUUGUGAGACCAUUUGGAAAAAGAGUGGUUACUUUGGGAGCAAAGUGCCACCGAAUUUUAUCAAGGUGGAAUUAGACGAAGAAUUUCAGACAGAUAGCCAAAAGACAUGGAUGCUCUGCGAUAUUUUUCACAAGACUGGUAUCAUUGACCGUGAUGGUAACAUUUAUAAGGCAAAUCAUUGUGAUCCGAAAAUUUAUAAAUUUUGCUAUGGAACUGAAAUGGCAGCUACGGAGCUUGGUUUUGCGCGUUUGGAUGUGAAAAUGACUGCACCACAGGAUGCACUCUUUAUAGAUGAUUUGUUUGUUGGUGAAGAUGUUAUCAGUGUUUCUGGUACCGGAGGGACAAAAGGGAAUUUUGUAAUUGCUCCUGGAAAGAUCGAUGAACGCAUUCAAAAGAUUUUAGAAGAGGAAAAACUUGACCGAUCUAGCAUGGAAAAUGCUUGGAAAGAAGAUAUUCGAGAAGUUCAGGAAGAAACAAUUCGCAAAACAGAUGAACUUGAAGAAAGACAGAAUUUUCUGGAAACAGAGUUGCGUGAUCAGAUUAUUAAGAUUGAAGAAGUAGCUGAAGAAAAAACGAAACUGCAUGAAAAUAAUUUUGCCAAAUAUCAAAGCCAACUAUUGACGAAGUUUAAUGAGUUGAAACAAAAAAUGGAUGAUCACUUUCAGUCAGUCAUCAAGAAAAUGCAAGCAGAUAUGAGAAAAGAAUUUGAUUCCAUGCAAAAAAGAUUCAAGAAAAAGGAAGAAGAGCUGGAUGCUGCGUUUCAAACUUCUCAGCAAAACUUGAAUGCUCAUUAUGCUGCGACAGAAAAACGCCUUGAAAAAGAAAAAAAGAAACAAGUAGACGAACUCUCUAAAAAAAGUGAAGAGUUCUCAGAAGCACUUCGGAAAGAAAACGUCAAAAAUUUUCAGUUUGCAAAAGAGCAAGUGGAGCAGUUUUGCCGUGACAAAAUAAAGGAAAUCAAGAAAAUUGAAGAAGCUGCCGUGCUUCAGUUUGAAGAGCAAUGUUUGGCAUAUAAGAAAGAUUCCGAUGCUAAAACCGCUUUAGCGAGGCAAGAAUUAAUUAAUAUAAUGGAAAGUAAAACGGAAAGAUAUUAUAAAGAAAUCAAAGAUGAAUGCUCAAAGAACCUGAGUACAAUGGAAGAAGCUAACACCAAACUGAAGAAGCAAGUGGAAUCCUUGGAAAAAUUGGUCAUGACCCUUGAAAUUGGCGAAAAAGACUUGAAAGAAUCUAAAGACUCCAAGGUCUCAAAAGACUCGAAAAAGCGCUGAUCAUUACUAUUUUAGUGAAUCCUACUGUUGAAAACCACUUUGAAAAGAACUUCACAAAAAUUCAUUUCAUUGCAGGGACAGUACGUUAAAGAUAUUUUUGCAGUUAAAAAAGACUGCGUCGAUGUAAUCAAAGUUUUCAAACUAGUUGAUAAUUUCAUUUAUUGAACCAUUAUCGUUGCAUUUAUUUACUUCAGAAUAGAAACUAAGUAUUUAAACUUAAAAAUUAAUAUGGAUAGGCUAUUAUAAAGCAGUCACCCAGGCGCGGAUUCAGACCGGAACUUUUGAGAUUACAUUUUAUCAAGAAGAUUAGAAAUUUUGUUGUAUUUAUAUGAAAUACAGCAAAAUUGCUCAAAAA